UGUCUUUUGUUGCUGUUUGCAAGCAAGGUGGUGCAGCAUUAUAAAAAAAAGAAUUGAAAUUUUAUUUAAAAAAAAUAAAAUUCUAAAACAAAUAGUGAAAGUAAUUAAACUAUAAAACACAAAAACAAAAACCAUAAAUAAAAAAAAUGGCUCCUCCAUCAUUCUCUGAUUUGGGUAAACAAGCUCGUGAUAUCUUUGGCAAAGGUUAUCACUUUGGUUUGUGGAAAUUGGACUGCAAAACCAAGACUGCCUCCGGCAUUGAAUUCAGCACUGGUGGUCAAUCCAAUCAAGAAUCCGGCAAAGUUUUCGGUUCUUUGGAAACCAAAUACAAAGUCUCCGAUUACGGUUUGACUUUGACCGAAAAAUGGAACACAGACAACACUCUCUUCACUGAGGUGGCCGUACAAGACAAAUUGUUGGAAGGUUUGAAAUUGGCUUUCGAAGGUUCCUUCGCUCCCCAAUCCGGCAACAAAUCUGGCAAAUUCAAGGUCGGCUAUGGCCAUGAAAACGUCAAGGUCGAUUCCGAUGUCAAUGUUGACUUGAACGGUCCCUUGAUCAAUGCCUCCGCCGUUUUGGGUUAUGAAGGUUGGUUGGCUGGUUACCAAACCGCUUUCGAUACCAAAAACACCAAGUUGACCAAGAACAACUUCGCUUUGGGCUACACCACAAAGGACUUUGUCUUGCAUACAGCUGUCAAUGAUGGCCAAGAAUUCAGCGGUUCCAUCUUCCAAAAAUGCUCCGACAAAAUCGAUGUUGGUGUACAAUUGUCCUGGACCUCUGGUACCAACAACACCAAAUUCGGUUUGGGUGGCAAAUAUCAAUUGGAUCAUGAUGCCGCUUUGCGCGCCAAGGUCAACAACAACUGCCAAGUCGGUUUGGGCUAUCAACAAAAAUUGCGUGAUGGCAUUACACUCACUCUUUCCACUUUGAUCGAUGGCAAGAACUUCAAUGCCGGUGGCCACAAGAUCGGUGUCGCUUUGGAAUUGGAAGCCUAAACCACCAACACCAAUUCUUAAGUUUUUUUUUUAAUUAAUACUAACACUACCAAAUAAAAAAACAAACAACAACAAGAAAACAAAACCAACCAACUCCGUUCUUUUGUUCACAAAAUAUAUUACUUCAACAACAACAACAGAAAACAACUCUCAAAUUAAGUGUGUAAGAGAAAAAACAAGAAACAACAUCAUCUCAGCUAUUAUACAAACAACAACAAGAGCUACAAAUUACACUUUUAUUAAAUUAAUAAUGUUAAAAAUUAUUUAAACAAAUUAAUAAGAAAAACAAACAAAAACAUACAAAACAAAACAAUUUAAAGGUCAGUUUUUUUUUUUCUUCACUGUAGAACAAUACCUAUUUUUUAAUUUAGUUUUAAAAACGAAAUUAAACGAAACAAAAAGACAUCCUCUCUAGACUAUACCACACACCUUCAAUCCCCUGCAACCCACUCUCCUCCCUUUAUAUUUCUUUAAACUGCCUCUACAACUUGUUAAGAAUUGCAAUAAUUAUUACUAAUAAUAACAAAAACAUAAUUAUAUUUUAAACUAAGUGGCGCAGUUGUUUUUAAGUUCUUAACUUUUUUGAAACAAGCUAAGAAAUUAAAUAUAUUUGCAGAGCAACGUC